CACAAACAUGGCGGACAGCUGAUGACGCUCUUCAAGACCGCCGUCGUGUUUAAAUGACGUGGACACGAAGCAUGCAGGCUGCUUGGAAAUAAGGUGAAGCUAGCUAGAGUUUGCUUUUUUCUAUCAUCAUACCUAGUGGUCUUCACUAGGAAUCAAUAGCAGCAUCAUGUCCUCUGAUGUGGUCAGUGAUUCCCGAGCAGAUGGAAAUGACCAGGAGGUCCAAGGUGGAGGAUCUGAAACACUGUCAAAGAGACAGAGAAAGAAACUUCUCAAACAACAGCAGUGGGAAGAACAGAGAGACCUGCGCAAGCAGAAACGCAAGGAGCGGAAACAGCAGAGGAAAUUGGAAAGACAGACGCAGGUUGAGGACAGAACAGACUGUCCUGACAGGAAGCGCAUUCGCAAAGAGGCAGAGCCCAGUUCUCUCCGUCUGGUCAUAGACUGCAGCUUCGACAGCCUCAUGAUGCUCAAGGAUGUCAAGAAGCUUCACAAGCAGAUCCAGAGAUGCUAUGCAGAGAACAGACGAGCGGCACACCCGGUCCAGUUUUAUAUAACAAGCCAUGGUGGGCAGUUGAAACAAAAUAUGGAUGAAAUUAACAAAGGCUGGGUCAACUGGAAGAUUCAUCCAAGAAAAGAGAUGUGGAGCCUUAUCAAGGAUGUCCAUAUCAAGUCAGAGCAUUUUCAUGAAAUCUUAAGCAAAGAUGAUCUGGUGUACCUCACCUCGGAUUCACCCAACAUUCUCCAGGAGCUUGAUGAAGCUAAAGCUUAUGUCAUUGGAGGACUGGUAGACCACAAUCACCAUAAAGGAAUAUCUUUCGAACGGGCUAAAGAGCUUGGAAUCGCUCAUGCUCAACUUCCACUGAGCAGCUUCGUCAAGAUGAACAGCCGCAAAGUGCUCGCCGUCAACCACGUGUUUGAGAUUAUGUUGGCAUAUCUGGAGAAACGUGACUGGAAGGAGGCCUUCUUUACUGUCCUGCCUCAACGCAAAGGAGCUGUACCUGUGGGCCAAGAGAACAAACAGAAGCAGGAUGAGGAUUCGGAGGAUUCGGAUACAAAUGAGACAGGAAAACAAAAUAGCGAAAAUGAAAAGGACCAAACAAAUGGCAAACAGGAAGAACAUGAAACUGAGCAUAACCUGUCAGAUUCAUGUGAACGGACUGAUGUAUAAGGAGAAGUGACAAUUUCUUUAUUUUAUAUAUAUUUUAUUCUUUUUUUGUGCCAAGAACUGGAAUGACUUUUGUGUUUGCAGAUGUUUUUGUUUUGCUUACUGUUAAGUUAUUAGAAAUAUUCCUUUUUUUUUCACUUCUCCUGAAAGUUCUUUUGAGAUCUGAAUGUUUAUCUGCCAAUAAAGUUAAGAUCUAAUCUCCUGCCAAAUGCACUGUCCAGAC